CAGUGUACUGGUGGGAGAGUAAUAAAUAAAUGUUAAAGCGUGGAAGAUACUUAUGAAACAAAUAAAAAUGAGCCUGCAGAAGUUCAUGCACCCGAGGAACAAAUACAGGAAAAAACCUGACUUUAAACAACUGGCUCUGUUGUAUCCAGAGUUUCGACAGAAUACCAUAGUGGAACUGUCAGGAAAUGUAAAGCUCAAUUUUAAGAAUGAAGAAAGCUUACGAAUAUUAGCAAAAACGCUUCUGAAACAUGACUUUGAUUUAGAGGUGGACAUUCCUUUGACAAAAUUGAUACCUGCUUUGCCGCUUCGUUUAAAUUACAUCUUGUGGGUCGAGGAUUUAAUGCGAUAUGCUGGAUGUACAGAUAUGAGCUUGCUUCAUGGUAUAGACAUAGGCACUGGUGCCGUUUGUAUAUAUCCACUGUUAUUUGCUCAAAUUUAUGGAAGCAGAAUAAUUGGAACCGAAGUUGAUUCAUUGAGUAUUGAAUCAGCUGUGAAUAACAUUAAACGCAAUAACUUGCAACACCUUAUAAAAGUGAUCCACGUGAAUGAAAAUAAGAUCUUGAAAGGUGUUAUCCCAGAAGAUGUACAGUAUUCCUUUGUAAUGUGCAAUCCUCCGUUCUUUGGUUUUGACAAACACUUAAAAAAAAAACCUAAGAAGCAACCUGCAAGGAGCGCACCAUCAGGGUCCGGUGGAGAACUUUUGACGGAAGGAGGUGAAGUGCAGUUUAUUCAACGAAUAAUGGAGGACAGCAUUGAGAUCAAAGAAAAAAUUAAAUUGUAUACCACGAUGGUAGGUCGAAAGAGCAGUUUAUCACUUUUGAUGAAAGAGAUGGAACGGAGAAACAUUAUUAAUACGACGUGUACAGAAUUUUGCCAAGGAUAUACAAAAAGAUGGGGUUUAGCAUGGAGUUUUUUAUCCAGAGACAAACUGGACCUGACGAAGGCACCUACUAUUGCUUCAAGACAACAUAAGGCUUCCCUUCCUGUGGGAGUGCCCAUUCCAAAGGGAGACAAAUUUUCUUCGGUCAAUGAGGUCAUUAUAGCUUUGAAGUCAUUCAUCAAUGAAAUAAAUCUGUAUCGUAUAGAACGGAAUACUCAAAAUAAUUCGAUGCAGCCAGUUCAAAGAAAAGUUUUAUAAAGAAUUUGACAUCUAAGAGGACCACUUUCCUAUCACCUUAAGGUGAAGUGAAAGCCCUUGAGGAAUUUAAUCAUUAGUAAAAAAAGGAAUUCUAACUAUCUACGGUACCAAUGUUCAAAUCUGUGACAACUGUGGCAUACUACAAUAAUAUUUGUACAGAAUA